AUGCAAAUUUGGACUCAAUAUGAGCAAAAGAACAACUUGUCACCAAAUUCAAUUGUUGGAGCAAUUUUAUCUGAAGAAUUUCGCGAGCAUUUCAAAACUUUUGAAAGAGGACAAUUGACAGCUGAAGAUGUUGAUCCAUUAUUGAGCCAUGUUUAUAAUUUGAAAAAUGGUGGAAAUCGCGGAGUUAUGCCACUAUUUUCAAUGUUUUGCGAAGGAAUGUCAGCUGUUCCAUUAGAACCAGAGAUGGUUAAACUUGUUAAGGUAUUUUUUUUUUAAAUUAAUUGGCACCUUGAUAUCUGAAAUGUUUUUCAGUCUCUGCGCCUUGCUGGUUAUCGAACUAUUCUAAUCACCAACAAUUUCUGGUUCGAUCGUGCUCGUCUUUCUCCAACAAUUCCCGCUGAAAUCAAAUUCCUUUUUGAUGAUAUUUUGGAGUCCUGUCGACUUGGAAUUCGCAAACCGGACACUAAAAUUUAUAACCUCGCUUGCCAACAAAAUAAAGUGAAGCCAGAAGAAUGUGUAUUUUUGGAUGAUCUUGGCCCAAAUCUCAAACCAGCUAAAGAACUCGGAAUGGCAACUAUUAAAGUGACAAGCACUCGGCAAGCAAUUUCUGAUCUUCAAAAAGUUUUGAACUUGGAUUUAUCAUUUCCACCAGAAACUAGAGAAUGUAUUCCAAGAGAAGUUCUGCCACAGGAUAAACUUGAGAAACUUUUGAGUAAGAAGAUUCAAACUGUUCGAAAAUUUCGACAUGGACAAUCGAAUCCAACUUAUUAUAUCAAAACCGAGAAAAAUCAGGAAUACGUGUUAAGAAAGAAACCGGUAGGUUUUUCUUUUUUUUGUACAAUGUUAAUUGAAUAUUUUCAGUCUGGAAGUCUUUUGCCAAAAGCUCAUCAAGUUGAUCGUGAAUUCCGAAUCAUAAAUGCUCUUCAAGCCCAUCUUCCACUCCCAAAAACUAUUCUUCUUGAUGAAAAAACUUUAGAUACUCCAUUUUAUCUCAUGGAAUAUCAAAAAGGUCGCAUAUUUUUGAACCCAGCUUUACCGGAAUUGAAACCAACUGGUAAUCAAGUUUUUUUGAAGUUUAAAAAUUACCCUAAUCAAUAAUUUUUCAGAACGCCGACAAGUUUAUGAGGAAGCUUUGAAAACAUUGGCGAAAAUUCACUCGAUUGAUUAUAAAAAGGCUGGAUUGUCUGAUUUUGGAAGAGCUGAUGGAUAUAUGGAAAGAAAUUUGAAAAGAUGGACAGAUGCAUUUGAAAUGUCGAAAACUGAAGAGAUUCCUGAAAUGGAUAAACUUCAAAAUUAUCUCAAAACUCAUCUUCCAAAAAAUGCAAAAUCUACAAUUGUUCAUGGUGAUUUUCGAAUUGAUAAUUUGAUAAUCGAUGAAAAUUCAAUCAAUGUUCGUGGUAUUCUUGAUUGGGAACUUUCAACAAUCGGAGAUCCAUUAAGUGAUUUGGCGACUUUUGUAUUCAUUUAUUAUGUUCCAAAUCGAAUGAGACUUUCGCCAGGAAUUGGAGAUUAUACUGAAUCAGAUCUUCGGAGACUUGGAAUUCCAACUGUUUCAGAAUGUUUGGAAUUGUAUGCGAAAUAUACAAAUACAAAUGUUGUGGAUUCUGAAACUUGGACUUUUUAUAUGGCAUUUGUUGUCUUCAGAUUUGCAAGUAUUUUACAAGGUGAGAAAAACUGCAUGAUUGGAAAAAAAACAAACAAUUUUUUAAGGUGUUCAUAUGAGAUCACUUCUCAAAAAUGCAUCAUCAACUGAAGCUUCAUUAUUGGGACCACUUGUUAGAAAACUUGCAUCGGAAGGAUAUCAAAUGGUUUCACAACUUCAUUCUGCUAAAGUGUAUGGUUCUCUUCAAGUUGUGCCAAGUGCAAUGUCUGAAAAAGCUCAAAAAUAUUAUAAAAUUGUGAAAGAUAUAAUUCACAAUGAUGUGAUUCCUUUGGAAAUUGAACUUAUGGAAUAUUAUGAGACUAGCCCAGAUCGUUGGACAAUUUCACAUCCAAAAAUUGAAAAACUCAAAGAGAAAGCGAAAAAUCUUGGAGCUUGGAAUUUAUUCAUUUCGGAUCAUAUUGAUCCCGAUCAAAGAUAUGGAAAAGGAUUAACAAAUGUUGAAUAUGCUCAUAUUUGUGAAUUAAUGGGAAGAAGUGUUUUUGCUCCAGAAGUAUUUAAUUGUCAAGCACCGGAUACUGGAAAUAUGGAAGUUCUCAUAAAAUAUGGAAAUGAAGAGCAGAAGAAAAAAUGGUUGGAACCUUUAUUGGCUGGAGAAAUCAAAAGUUGUUUUGCAAUGACAGAACCUGAUGUUGCAAGUAGUGAUGCAACAAAUAUUCAAGCAUCAAUUGUUCGAAUUGGCAAUGAAUAUGUUAUAAAUGCUCGAAAAUGGUUCAUCUCAAAUGCGUCGCAUCCAAAAUGUCAAAUUGCUAUUUUUAUGGGACAAGUUGCUGGAGAAAAGAAAUCGAGAUUAUUCCAACAAUCAAUGAUUCUUGUUCCAAUGCAAACUUCAGGUGUUGAAAUUGUUAGAAAUACUCAUGUUUUUGGAUCACAAGAUGCUCCAGGCGGACAUCCUGAAAUUCUAUUCACAAAUGUUCGAGUUCCAGUUGAAAAUAUGAUUCUUGGAGAGGGAAGAGGUUUUGAAAUUGCACAAGGAAGACUUGGACCUGGAAGAAUUCAUCAUGCAAUUAGAUUGAUUGGACAUGCUGAAAGAUCCAUUGAUGUUAUGAAAGAUCGGGUAAGUUAAUGACAACGUAGCCAUACCACGCCCAGGGUGAGGCAUUUGCACGGCGCCAAUAAAAAUUUACGGAAAUUCACCUCGCCAAUUUGAGAUUUUCUUGAAAAACAGCAAGUUUUUGCUUGUUUUUCCGUUAAAAAGUGGUAUUUUUCGGCCGAAAACGUUGUUUUGACCUCGCCAAAAAAUUUCAAUACCCACACCGCCAAUUUUCAAAGUUAACUUGCACGAAGCUGGGCGUGGUAUGAACGUAGCUUUUCGGAGGACCAAGUUUCAGAUUUAAUUAAAAAUUUUGCAUAAUUUAUCGGUUUUUUUGGAACCGAACCAGUCUCACAGAAGUGUUCUAAUCUUGAUUUACUUUCAGUUGAUGACUCGAAUCGCAUUCGGAAAACCGUUAGUGAAAUUCGACAGUCUCCGAAAAGAAUUGGCACUUUCUCGAUGUGAAGUUGAACAAGCUCGAUUAUUAGUUCUCAAAGCUGCACAUAUGAUUGAUACUGUCGGACCAAAAGAAGCCAAAUCUGAAAUUGCAAUGAUCAAAGUUGUUGCUCCAAAUAUGGCAAUAAAAAUAAUCGAUCGAGCAAUGCAACAACAAGGAGCUCGAGGACUCACACCAUUUACACCAUUGGCUAUGUUUUAUGUUUGGGCGAGAGCACUUCGAGUUGCUGAUGGACCUGAUGCUGUACAUUUAGAAACUAUUGCUAAACUUGAAUUGAAAUCAAGAUUGUAA